AUGAAAGUUAUUGUUUUCAUCACUCUUUUGGUAUGUGUUUUCGGCCAACAACCUGAAAUGUUAGAGUAAAUUGCACAGAACAGUUUCGGCAGAUAAAUAUUGUAAACAAUUCAAUUAGAACUCACACAAGAAAAUGCAGCAAGAUAAAUCUACACCAUGUUAAACAAAUUGUUUUAUGAUCUCAGAGAUGAAGAUGCUCGUUCAAGCAAAGCUAAUGGAGAGAGACAAGCAUAAUGUUCUGAUCAAUUUGCAUUAAUCAAUUCAAUCUAAGAAAAAGCAGUUGUUGCCAAGGCUGAUUAUGAAAGACAAAUACCAGGAAAAUAAGAAGAAUUAGCAAAUAAAGUGGCUCAAGUUGAAUAAAAAAAUGCUGAGAUCCAAAGAAAUGAUUAAUUAUAUGUUAACCUUUCAGAACAAAGAAGAAAAGAGCAUGAAACUUAUGAACGUAAGAGAGAUGAACUUAUUGGUUUGAUCAAUGGUUUAAAAUAAGCAUAACAAAUUAUAAGACAAUUGCAAACUCCUCAUCCUGGAGGUGCUCUUGUUCAAUUAAAAGAACAUCAUGAAUAAUUAAUAAAAUCAUAUGCUGCCAAUUCAGAAUUCAAAAGUAUGGCAUCAUUGUUGAUGGAAUUAUGUACAGAUGCUAAAAUCCAUUCUGAUAAUGACAAUGUUUAAGUUAUUGUAGAUAUUAUCAAUGACUUAAUUGAAAGCAUUUACGAUGUCUAAAAGAGAGAAAUGUAUGCAGAAGAUUGGGCAGAGAAGUUCUUCUAAUAGGAUUUACUGCGACUCUCCAAAGAAAAUGUUAGAUUGUAAGGUCAAAUCGCAGAUGAUCAAGCUGCUGCUGAAUUUGCUCAAUAGAGAUUAGAGGAUCUCCAAUAAUAGGCUCUCCUUCAAUAAAUUAUUUAUGAUAACAAAGAAGUGGAGAGAAAGUCUUUUGAGGUUGCUUGCAAGGAGGAUAACAAUGCUGCUGAGUAGGCCAGAGUCUCAAGAAAUGAACAAAUACAAAUUGUACUUCAGUUGUUGGAAUUAUUUGAAAACAAUUUCAAUGAUAGAACUAGAGCAGCACUUCUUCAAAUUGUUGUAUGAAACAAUAUAAAAGUUAAAAAACAUAUAUUAUAUAAAU